UCUCGAAACAUUUUGUGUUGUCACUUCUUCGCAUCACCUUUCUUCUUCUCACGCACUUUCUCUCCCCAACUCACUGAUCAAAACAACCCUUCUACACAGUGACAGAAUCGGCCGCCAACAUGGGUAUCUCCAAGAUCCACGCACGCUCCGUCUACGACUCUCGCGGUAACCCAACCGUCGAGGUUGACAUCGUCACUGAAACUGGUCUCCACCGCGCCAUCGUUCCUUCUGGUGCUUCCACUGGAUCACACGAGGCAUGCGAGCUCCGUGAUGAGGACAAGAGCAAGUGGAACGGCAAGGGUGUCACCAAGGCUGUCGCCAAUGUGAACGAGAAGAUCGCUCCAGCUCUCAUCAAGGAGAACCUGGAUGUCAAGGACCAAUCCGCCGUUGACGCUUUCCUCAACAAGCUCGACGGUACACCGAACAAGACCACUCUCGGUGCAAAUGCCAUCCUCGGUGUUUCCAUGGCCGUGGCCAAGGCUGCCGCCGCUGAGAAGCGUGUCCCACUCUACGCCCACAUUAGCGAUCUCGCUGGCACCAAGAAGCCAUACGUCUUGCCAGUUCCUUUCAUGAACGUGCUCAACGGUGGCUCGCACGCCGGUGGCCGUCUCGCUUUCCAAGAGUUCAUGAUCGUCCCAUCCGAAGCACCUACCUUCACCGAGGCCAUGCGCCAGGGCGCUGAAGUCUACCAGAAGCUCAAGACCCUCGCCAAGAAGAAGUAUGGCCAGUCUGCCGGCAACGUCGGUGACGAGGGAGGUGUCGCACCAGAUAUUCAAACCGCUGAGGAGGCUCUCGACCUGAUCACCGAGUCGAUCGAGGCUGCUGGCUACACUGGCCAGAUCAAGAUUGCCAUGGAUGUUGCUUCAUCAGAAUUCUACAAGACCGAGGAGAAGAAGUACGAUUUGGACUUCAAGAACCCAGACAGCGACAAGAGCAAGUGGGUCACAUACGAGCAACUCGCAGACCAAUACCGCAACCUCGCCAAGAAGUACCCAAUCGUGUCCAUCGAGGAUCCAUUCGCCGAGGAUGACUGGGAGGCUUGGAGCUACUUCUACAAGAACACCGACUUCCAGCUCGUCGGCGAUGACUUGACCGUGACCAACCCAACCUUCAUCAAGAAGGCCAUCGAGACCAAGGCUUGCAACGCUCUUCUCCUCAAGGUCAACCAGAUUGGUACCAUCACUGAGGCCAUUCAGGCCGCCAAGGAUGCUUAUGGCGCGACGUGGGGCGUCAUGGUCUCCCACAGAUCUGGUGAGACCGAGGAUGUGACGAUUGCAGACAUCGCUGUCGGUCUUCGCGCUGGACAGAUCAAGACCGGUGCUCCAGCACGUUCCGAGCGUCUCGCCAAGCUCAACCAGAUUCUGCGUAUCGAGGAGGAGCUGGGCAGCAAUGCUGUCUACGCAGGCAACAACUUCCGCACUGCGGUCAACAUCUAAGCGGUUUGGUUUUAGCGAAAAGACUUGACCCUCAGUAAACGCAUGAGAGUCGAAAGCAAAGGGCAAAAAGCCAGUGAAAUGAAAGUCAUGAUAUACCCAGAUUCAAAAAUCAUUCCUUCCCAGUCGGCCAAAGUUUCAAGCGUGCCUUCUACCGUCCGGCGUCCUCUGCGGUGGGACUUCAACACGCGGAGCGGGCGUGUCACUUUCGUGACAAAGCGAGCCUUGGCGUUCGUUUUGCUCAUCCUGUUUCCGCGCUUCUAGUUCUUUCUCCUUCAAAACCAUCAUUCCAUCUACAGUAGUCUUCUGAUGCAUCGCUAGCAUCUCGAUGUCUUGGCCAUCCAACCCGCGAGCGUACCCGGCGAUCGACAAUUGAGCGCAUGCCCCGAGUUCUCCCGAAAGAGCUUUCUCUUACUUCAUCGCCUACCUUUGCGAUGUCGCUGCGGCAUGCCUAGGCAUCGAGCUCUGG